AUGGCGGUCAAAGGUGUCGCGCCAUUCGCGACAUUCCUGAUUGUUGGCCCUACAUGUUUCUUCCUCGGCAUCCUAUUCGCACUCUUUCCAUAUGAUUACCAUGUCUUGUGGACGACGCCGGCCGUGUCAGACAUUACCAUCGACCCUCGCGAUGUCUACUUUGCACUUCAGGAAAAUCAUCUGAAGUUCUUACACGCAUCUCCACCUCUCAUCAGCCGCAUACUUCACAUCGUCAUCGGCACCGGCCUGUUAGGCUUUCUGAUGAAGUUAUACAAGCCCUCCGAAGCAAACAUGCUCUUCGAUGGUGCGAGCCUCGUCUUGUACAUGUGCGGCAUAACAGUGUAUAUCGCGAAUAUCGUCAAGGGACUCCGAACGGUCACCGCAGGCGCUUACGGCGGCCAAGACGCAGACGCCGGCCCGCGAGAUGAGACCUACAUCGGACGGGAGGAUAGUCUGCGAGUUCUUGCGGCAAGUAACACGAUUCUUGCGCUUGUGCUGGUGGGCAUCUUAGUCCUCCAAGCCGGUCAAUGGUACGCACAGCGGAAAGAGGCAGAAGAAAUGGAGGAAAUGGACAAGGCUCGAGAAGAGAAACGUAAGGCGCAACAAGCCGUCGGAGACAUGAGCGUGUACUCUUCGGAUCCAUCCUGGGCAGAUGUCGAGCCUCUGCCGACCGAUGAAGGCGGAGCAAAUCCUCUAGCUGCGAUCGCGUACAGUGAGGAAUAUGGCGAAGCUAUGUCUUAUCUUCGCGCUGUUAUGGCUGCCGAUGAAAACUCCACCCGCGCACUCAAUUUGACCAAACACUUGAUCGGGUUGAACCCGGCGCAUUAUACAGUGUGGUUGUAUCGCGCGAGAAUAUUGUUCACACUACAGUGUGACCUUGCCCAGGAAUUGGCCUGGCUGAACAAAAUUGCCCUGGAACACCAAAAGAAUUACCAGAUUUGGCAUCAUCGCAAUCAGAUUGUCAACAUGCGAAAUACAUCCGAUGGCGAAACAGACUUCAUAGCGCAGAUGUUUGACCUGGAUGCCAAGAACUAUCAUGUUUGGAGCUAUCGGCAAUGGCUCGUCCAACGUUUCGACUUGUGGGAUCAAGGCGAAUUGGAAUUCACCGAAGUGAUGCUUCGAAAGGAUGUCCGGAACAACAGUGCAUGGAAUCAUCGCUGGUAUGUGAUCAAUGGCCGAGAAAUGGAAGGUGUCCCUGGAGUGUCUGAUCGCGACAUUCGAGAGCGAGAGAUAGCUUUCACCAAGGCUGCACUUGCGACUGCCCCACAAAACAGGAGCGCUUGGAACUAUCUUCGAGGCAUACAGCGACACAGUGAUAUCGCGUUACAGGAUCUGAAGCCCAUCGCAGAAACCUACGCGGACCUUUCGAGCCCUGGCAAUAUUCGCUCCAGUCAUGCGUUAGACCUGCUGGCCGAGAUCCUAGCUCUUGAAAAGGAGACUGCGGCGGACGCGUAUCAAAUGCUCGACCUGCUGGCACAAACAUACGACCCUGUGCGGAUUAAUUACUGGAAAUAUCGUCAAAGCCUACUCGAUGAUCCAUUGGGGUCGUCUUCGGUUCAGACUGCGGUCUGA